AUGCCUGAACAAACUCAAAUUCCACGUGUUCUUUGGGCUCAACAACGUGAACAUGUUUUAUUAACAAUUGCUGUACCCGAUAUUGAAAAAGUUGAUGUUAAAUUUGAAGAAGAUUCUGUAUCUUUUCAAGGUCAUUCAACAUCAUCGAAUACUAAAGAUAACAACACAUAUGCUGUUAAAAUAAAUUUACAUGGAAAAAUUGAUCCUGAAACGAGUAAAUAUGAAAAUGUUGGUCAAAAAUUUUGGCGUUUAUUAUUAAAAAAAAAAGAUUCAACAGCUAAUUUUUGGCCACGUUUAACAAAAGAUAAAACACGUUUACAUUGGUUACAAACGGAUUUUGAUCAUUGGAAAGAUGAAGAUGAAAGUGAUGAUGAAAAACCUGGACAUGGUGGUAAUUUUCAAGAUAUGUUUUCUGGAGGCAUGGGUGGCAUGGGUGGUAUGGGUGGUAUGGGUGGCAUGGGUGGUAUGGGUGGCAUGGGUGGUAUGCCUGAUAUGGAUAUGGGUGAUGGUUCAGACGAAGAAGAAGAAGGAGAUGAAGAUGAAGAUGAAGAUGAUGAAAAACCAACUUCAAUGACAACUGAAAAUGGUACAAAUAAUGCAAAUGAACAAGAAUCGAAGAAAUCUAAUGAUGAACCUAGUUCAACAACAACGGCAUCAGGCGAACAAAAAACAACUUCCAAAGAAUAA